GUACUCAUUUUGCAAUCGCCCUGACAGAGGCAAUGCUUGUACCUCGACAUGUAUUAAGUGACGGUUCUACCUCGACUUGUUUCGUGCAUUCAGACUCGUCAUCUUCGACUUCAUCAACAUCCUCAACAUCCUCAACCAUGCCUACUCUUAUUCCCACUUCGACUACCUCUUCUACCGAUUCCUCCACCUCUACCGAUUCCUCCACCUCUACCGAUUCCUCCACCUCUACCGAUUCCUCCACCUCUACCGAUUCCUCCACUUCAACUUCAACCUCAACUGAUUCUUCUACCACAUCAAUCCUGACAACAUCCUCUUCCACCUCGUCUUCAUCUACCGACGCACCAACAACGACGAGCUCUUCGUUCUCUAGCACCGACACGGCUUCAUCUAGCACAGACAGUCUGUCUUCCUCGACUUCAAGCACUUCAAGCUCCAGCAGAAGCACCACAGCUACGUCCACCGCAUCCAGCUCUAGCUCUUCUACCGCAAACACCAGCAGCACGUCAUCUGCCAGUAGCACCAGCUCGUCGACCAGCAGUCUAGGAAGUUCAUCAACCACCAGCUCCAGUAUCUCUUCAACCAGCACUCUUAGCACCUCAGCCAGCAGCUUCACAACUUCACCUUCGAGCACCACAUCUCUGAGCAGUCUGGCCACAAGCCUCCUCAGCAUCAGCAGCACUCUCAGCGGUACCCUGAACAGCACCCUCAGCAGCAGUAGCAGCAGGACCUCCUUGCUGUCGCUCUCCUCGACCAGUGUACCCUCAAUCUCAUCCUCUAUUCUUCCCAGCAACUCCUCGUCCAUGCCAAUCUCAACCUCCAGCUUCUUGACCAGCCCUGUCACCAUUGUCACCACAUCGUCGUCGUCAUCCUCCAUCAUAGUGAUCUCGCCUACGGAGCUUGCCAUCACAACGGGCGGGACAAUCUAUGACCCGUCCACCACUCCGUCCCCUACUUCAUCUCUCGCCCCUUCAACGUCAGCGAACUCCACGACUACUAUCCCAGAUCCCGUCGGGGUUCCCUUCAAGCUGGCAGUUCUCGCAGCUGCCAACCCGACCAAUUUGGUCUAGACAUGGGUGUAUUUCUUGCAGUUCGUAUAAGGCGCUCUGUCGGGCCGUUAUUGUUUCUCAUUGCCCCCCGGUCAUAUUCUUCACAUAGUCAGUUUUAAUGGGCAAUUGCCACACUUAAUCAAAAAGAAUUUGGGAUUUCUCGGUCAUCGUUCAAGCUCUUGGGCGUCCCUUAUCAUCUCACAUUCUCUGGCCGUUCCCCCAUCAUCAAGUACACAGA